AUGACAUCACUCGACCCCUCCCACAACCCCCUCAGCCACAAAGCCCAAGCAGUCUAUGAUCCUGCCCACUCCUCGCCAUUCCCCGACAACCUCCCCCAGCCAUCAAGACAUGGCCACGAUAAGGCCAAGAGAGAGGGAAAGAGAAGAGUGACCAGACAGAUGCCGCCUUUGCCGGAUCUGAGGUUUGAGCAGUCAUACUUGCUCUCGAUCAGGCCUUUCCUCAAACCUUCCCCUAGGACAGAAUCAGGGAGAGAAGACAAGAAGUCUGAGAAGCCUUCGGGGGCUGCGGUAGCUCAGAGUACGGAUCGUGAUGAGGUCUUCCACUGGGGCAGGGAGGUGGACGUGGAUUGGCAGAAGGUUGCUUGGGUCACCAUUCGAGACCAGCUCUUCGCACCUCUGAUCCAGGGCGCCGUCUGGGGCUGGGCCUCGGUACUCCUUGCCGCCACAGGAGUUGCUCUGCGCGCUUCUCUAUACCCUGCAAGUCAUGUUCGACAAGGAAGAGUCGCCGGUGGGCCAGGAGGGCCUAUAAAAAGUGCUGGUGGAGGGGAGGCUGUCGCUGGUGGCUGGUGGAAGAAUUGGGUAGGCAGUUUCUUUGGUGGAGCCGAGACGAAUGCUGUCAUCUAG